UUCUUCACAAACCUCUCUGUGUUUCUAUUUAUUGUCAUUUCCCCCAUUUUAUCAGAAAUUGUUGGAGAAAAGCAUACAACAAUUUCUGGGGCUUCCCAUUUCAACCAAAAGAGGAGAGGAGAAAAGCAACCGCACCACCAUGAGCUCCACCACCACCACCGCCGCCGUGCAUGCCGCCUUCCUCCUCUUCCUCCUCAAUGCCGCCUUCAUUCCGGCGGUUUACGCAAAGAACGAAGAACAACCACCCCCUGGCAAAGUCAUCGUACUAACCAACAACCACACCAACUACCUAAGCAUACGUUGCUUCUCGUUCGACAACGAGUUCGACGUGACCCACCUCCGCUCGUGGGGCCAGUACAAAUUCCGGGUGAGGAAGAGAGUUGUGUACCCUUCCUCCACCAUGUUCAACUGCUCAACCAAUAUGGGCACUUUCGUAGCCUUUAAAUAUGACUACGAAUGCUGCAAAGAUAAAUACCAGACCUGCGAUUGGAGAUUCGACGAAGAUGGUGCUUAUAGGUGGGACCCGAAGAUGCUCACUUGGAUUUCGGUUGAUUAUGCUCCGAAUUACGAGUCACUUAACAGAGGUGGUGUCAUCAAAGGGUACUUUGCUAACUAGAACCGAAUUUAUUCGGAAGAAUAAUGGGGUGGUUUAUGUACGUGUUACGAAAUAUGAAUCAUCGUAUGUAGUCUAGUUUUUGUGGCACAGAUCCUAUGUUGGUUCUUGUAUAACUCAGAAUAUAGGAAAUAAUCGGCUUCGAUAUUUCCUCAAGUGAAUAAUUUUCCAAAUUGCAUGCAAAACUCGGAAUAAUGUCAAAAACAACUGAUUGUUGGUAAUUGAAUAAGUAAACAAAACAAAAAAA